CCGGCCCUGCCCCGGCUCCUGCCCCGGCUCCCCGCAGCAGCUUCUUCACAGCUGUCGGGUCCUUUCUAGAAAAGUAAGCCCUUCCCAUGCAAGUUCAUGGAAAUAGGUCCUCGGCCGUCUUCUGUGCCAGGCAAAGCCGAAGCAAAGGGAGAUUUGGGAUUGCUUUUUCCGCAGGUGCCCCGAUCCUGCAUCAGGUGGAAAUGGAACCUGUGGGUCACUUGUAAAAAGCGUCCUCCCUUUAAGACCUUUAUACCUCCAAAAAAGAGGUAUAUUGGACAGCGUUGUGUGUCCUGAAGCUGCAGAACAGACCCAGAGUCGAGAUCUGAACUUCCAGGUGCAGUGGGCUCAUAGGAGUGAGGAUGCCUAGCUCAUUCAAGGCUGAUGAAAGAGUCGAAUUCGAACUCCACUGCAGAAGGGCAGGAGAUGGUGGAGGCAGAGUUUUGGUUCAAGUACAUCAUUGGUCAGUGCAGAAGCUUUCUCUGAGGGGCAGCCUCCGACUUGUGAAACUUGCAGACAGAUGCUUGUGAGGCUUUAAAUGUGACAGUCUCUCCUGGACCAAGAGUGCAAUUCUCUGAGGGAGAUAAUGCUACUCUUUACUGUCACAUUUCUCAAAAGAGAAAGACAGACAAUUUGCUGGCUGUGCGGUGGGUCUUCGCUGCAUCACCUACCCAGGAGCAUCUGAUGAUCAAAAUGACAAAGUUUGGAUCUGUCCAGUAUUAUGGAAAUUACAGUCAGCGUUUUCACAAGCAAAGACUUCAUCUUCUUAAAGAGAAUCAUGGAACUCUGUACAAAUUUCUUAUUUUAAGCCUCCAGCAAACAGAUCAAGGACAUUAUAUAUGCAAAGUACAGGAAAUUGGCAAACACAGAAAUAAGUGGACAGCAUGGUCAAAUGGUACAGCAGCCACUGAAAUAAGAGUGAUUUCAUCAAAAUCUUCUGAUCAUCCCACUUUCAAGAAAAACCAUGAAGCUUGGAAGUUUUUUGAAGAUCUGUACGUGUACGCAGUGUUUGUGUGUUCCAUAGGAAUCAUCAGUGUCCUCCUUUUUACACUUGUCAUUCUCUGUCAGUCACUUCUGAACAAGAAGAGAUCCACAGUGAAGCAUUACCUGGUGAAAUGCCCCCAGAACAGUUCUGGGGAGACAGUUACCAGUGUGACCAGCAUGUCUCCUCUACAGCCUAAGAAGGUAAAGAAAAAGAAAGAAAAAGAGAAACUGGAGCAGCCACCAGCCAUCCCAGCAAAAGCUCCAAUUGCCAAUAAUUUCCCGAAGCCCAAGCUCUUGAAACCUCAAAGAAAAUUGAUCCUGCCAAAAAUUGCAGAGGAGAAUUUAACAUAUGCUGAACUUGAACUGAUGAAGCCAAUUCAGGAAGCCAAAGGCAUUUCCAGUAUGACAGUCUACGCACAGAUACUCUUUGAGGAGAACAAGUUGUAAUAGUUCAUGACUGUAUAAAUGCCCUUUGUCUGGGUUCUAUUUAAUUCUUGCUGUGCUGUUUAUUUAUAAAAAUCAUACAAAUGUCCUUAUUUUUUUAUUUCCAUUCAUGCACUUCUAUUUUUCUAUGAGACUUUUAAACACAAUGUAGUUGAAAGUAAUCAUAGAAAAAGCAGAUGGUGAACAAGUGACAUCCCAGAGAUACCCUCUGUAGUGUCCUAUGCCCCUGUUGGAAGUGGACUGAAGUUCCACCUGGGGCAUUUUUAGCACUAAACAUUAUUACAUCUUUAAUGAUGAGUUCAGCUGUAAAUGUCAGUAUCUUAGCAAGCCUCAGGAGGACUGACAGCAGGACCCAUGCCCAUCAACCUGCUACUGAAGGAAAAGACUGCUGACCAGAAAAAGGGCCACUUUAAUGCACUUUGUCCCAUCAGAAAAAUAUUAACCCAAUAAAGCUGAGACUUUUUUUCUACACCCAAGGAAAAGCUAAAAUGACUUUUUCUGGGGUUUUUUUCCCCUUCUCCAGAAAUAGUUUAAAAAGUUUGUGCUCUAUGUUUUCAAAUUCCCCUUUCUAAAUGACAUUGUCUUAAAAAUCUUACGUUAUUUUUAGUAUGGUGUUUGAAAUAAAAUAUUUCAAAAUAAUCUACAGGUUACAUUUGUAGUUAAACCCCCAAGAUUUAAGGAAGAAUAUUCAUAGCUUGGGAACAUCUCCCAGGAUUUGAUUUUUUAAAAUUCUGACUGGGAAUAGGGAAAACUUGAUAGUGACUGAAAAACUGGGAGAACCAGGACACUGCUAUUUGGUCUUGGUUUAGUUUGGUGUUUACAAAUCUUCAAAGGUUUCCUCUUAUAGCCUGCACUAAUGAGCUGCUGAUCUAGAGGGAAAAAUUACACAGCUUCUCCUUCAUAUGGAACAGGCUCUUUAAAGCCCUGCUGACUUUGGUGUUAUUUCUUUGGAAAGACCAAAGGAGAUAGGGAAAUGAGCCUAAUGUGAGGACACAAAAUAACAUUCCUCCUUCUUUACCUCUCGAUAACUGAGAAGGCAUUCUUCCUUUUCCUUUGAUAGAAAUUCAUGGAAAACGAGCUGUUCUGUGCCAUCCCGGGCAUUUCAGUCAUGAAGAAAAGCUGGACUGAUGUUUUCAAGCUCAUGUAUGUUCAAUGCCUGAAUUUCCCCAAAGCUCAGGAAGAUAUCCAACAUCUUUCCAAUCUUGGGAAGCUUUAACCCUUGAGUAGCUGUGCAGUUCAUGGAGAUGUAAAAGCAUGGGCUCUUGAGGUCACCAUCAGGUUGUGGAGGGCCAACACUUGGCAUGUGCCAGGUCUUCUCCAGAUCUGUGAGGGAGCCCCGUGACAGACUGCUCAUUCAGCAGUAUUUGAUGUGGGUUUUGGAGUAGCACUCCUUGGGUUCUGGAGUCAUAACUAAGGUGGUCCAAGUAACUUCUUCCUUUACAGGUCACACCCUUUUAGUGUUAGAACAGCUUCUUACCAGGACUCAGAGCACAGCUGGGAAUCAUCAGAGGAACAUUCAUGCCCUUAUUCCCAUUACUGCAUUGGGAGUGCAGGAGAGGAGAAUGGGGGGACAAUCAAGGAUGGGGACAUGCAUCAAAGGGCAGCCAUGUGACACAGCACAUCAGUGCCUUUUGGAAGGGUUCACCAGAAUAAGUGAGUUUGUAUAAACUGCUUCUCAACUUUUUGAACAGUGGUAGGUGUUCAGCAGCACACCUAAUCCAUUACUGUCUAGCCAGGAUCUGUAAAUAUAAAAUGCAGUCAUCAUCUUCCACAUUGGAUAAAAAUCCCUUCUAUAAAAAGGAAUUAAAGAAAAGCUUAUCAGGCUGACCAUUAUGUACAGUACUAAUCCAAUUCUAUUCCUUCAUCAAAACAGUUCUUUCCUAACUAAGGCCAGCUUUCAUCAACAGAUUUGCUAGUAAUUAUUUGCAUUUUUAAUGUUUGUGUUUGUGAGCUGUCAAAAAAUAUGUUUGUUUUACCUCUGUGUUAUCCCAGGAUUUAAUCACCCACCAAAAGGGCAUGGUAUCUUUCCUUGUUCUCUGAUCAGGUGUUAGCCUUUCAGUGACAACAGCAAUCAACUCGGUGACCAAAACCACACUGGUGCUAAUGAGUGAUUCAACAUUCAGGAAUCAGUUUUGGAACAGCCAGUUUAACUGAUUAUUCAGAGAGGACAUCUGUAAUGUUCAGACAGCUGUUCAAAAGGCCUUAGAAAAAUACAGAAUUUAUUAGUUGCUACUUUGGAAUUUAAAAUCCUAACACUAACGAUUUUACUACUUAGCUGUGAAAACUUUCAGGUUUGGUUACAAACAUUUAUUUUGCAUAGAACUGGCCAUUGUGCCCAUUGUUCAGAAGAAUCCUCUACUGUAUAUUUAUGCCCAGCAUGUUAAUGAAUACUGUUCUUUAUGUAUUAAUAUCCUAUAUAUUCUUGUUUAUGUUUGAUAUCUAAUUCCCCAAAAUAAUAGUUAAUUGAACUGAAUAAAUUACCAUUUUUGUAAGA